GACUAUAAAAGAGUGAUGAAAGUGCAUGCAUGCCUUGAAAGUCUUUUAUGAGUAUAUAAAAGAGGUAGAAGCUUAGUGCAUACGUUUCAUAAUAUUAGUUGAAAGAAAGAAAGAUAGAGAAAGAAGAAACAUUAAGCUCUUGCGUUUCUCAUGAACUGUGGAGUCGUGUUGGGUUUCUAUUGUUGGGGUUGGGAAUUCUUAACUGCUCUUCUUCUCUUCUCUUCUCUUCUUCAUCAAUCUUAAAUAUAUUAUCUUCUAUAUAUUCUUAUAUAUCCUUCUUUACAAACUAAUUUUCGAUUUACUAGAGAAAUAUUUUUAAAGAAAAGAAAAAAAAAUGGAAGGAGUAGGGUUAUUGGAAUGUGGAAGAAAGUGCACUCCAUCGCCUUUCUUGUUGAAGACAUACAUGUUGGUGGAGGAUCCGGGGACCGACGAGGUGAUAUCGUGGAACGACGAUGGAGCGGCGUUCGUGGUGUGGCAGCCGGCGGAGUUUGCCCGUGAUCUUCUUCCGACACUCUUCAAGCAUAGCAAUUUCUCUAGCUUUGUACGCCAACUCAAUACUUAUGGGUUUCGUAAAGUUGCAACAAGUAGAUGGGAAUUUUGCAAUGAAAGAUUCAAGAAAGGUGAAAGAGAGUUACUAUCUGAGAUUCGGCGAAGAAAAGCUUGGAGCAACAAGCAACAACGUUCGGUACAAAACCAAGAUUCUGAUGAAGAUCAAAGGUCAUCAUCAACCUCUUCAACUUCCGGUUACAGUAAUCUUUUGGAUGAAAACAAGCGACUGAAGAAGGAAAAUGUGGUGUUGAAUUCUGAGUUAACAAGCAUGAAGAGGAAGUGUAAGGAGUUACUUGAUUUGGUAUCAGUUUAUAACAAAAAACAGGAAGAGGAAAAAGGUAAAGAUGAUGAUGAAAGGCCAAUGCUGUUUGGAGUGAGAUUGGAUGUUCAACAAGGAGAGAGAAAGAUCAAAAGGAAUAGAGGUGAGAUUAGUGAAAGUGCAAGCAUUUUGUUGUCACAAUCAUGCAAAUAGAAAUAUAAAUAAAUAUACGUUACAAUAGAAGCCUGAAAGUAUAGGUAUAUAUGUAGUUGCUCAAAAUUAAAACAAUAAUCAAAUAUUAUAAAAUCA